CCACUACCGCGUGCCUGCACCCUUGCGGAGCAGCGUCGACGUUUUGCGACCCGGCGUGCAGUAACGGGCACCGCGAUUGAUCUGAAAGGUGUGUCGGGUGGUGAUCCACACCACCCGCACAACAUUUUCCCCGCUCUGUUCUCGAGGCAGUUGAACUUCAACAACGGGUCACACCAUCACGGUGGUACGGCACACUCGUCUUCGGGCAAACUCAUGAUGGACGAUUUGCGGCCGGGUCUUGGAGGUAUAUUGGGCUUGAUGGAUCACGAUCACCAUCAUCACCACCUCCACCACCACCACCCGACCGCGGUGCACGUGGACAAACAACGUGCCUCGAAGGGGGCCAGCGACUCGUCCAAUGAACUUGGCUCGAUGUACGGACUGCCGGUUAACGCGGCCGGCGACUCGUCGCACCACAACACGCCGUCCCCCGGGCGAGGAUCGCUAGCCGAACAGACUACAUCCGAAGGAGCGUUUAAAAAAUUGAAAACAGAACCUUUGACAUCUGUAGGUAGCAUAAGUGCAAGUCAUUCUGGACACACGCCUACUACGGCAACGUGCCCGACUCCAGCAAGACGAAGACACCGUACGACUUUUACCCAGGAACAAUUGGCAGAGCUUGAAGCUGCUUUUGCCAAGUCUCACUACCCCGAUAUCUAUUGCAGGGAGGAAUUAGCAAGAAGUACAAAACUCAAUGAAGCUAGAAUACAGGUAUGGUUUCAAAACCGAAGGGCCAAGUACAGAAAACAGGAAAAGCAAUUGCAAAAGGCUUUGGCCCCGCCUUCCAUGCUUCCCGGAUGUAAUGGCGCCGCCAUGAUGAGAAACAUCUACCCUUCAGCUUCUAGAACGUACCAAGCUUACCCGCACCCGAAUAGCAUGAACAGAUACCAUCCGCAGAUGUCAUCUUCUUACAUGUCCACAGCAGUGAUGUCCCAGCCAUUUAAUGUUUCAAGUCAUCAAGCAAUUCCAACUGCUUCUGCUAAUCAGUCUUCUAUUACGACACCUGCAGGAAUGAUGCCAGAAGAAGAAUGGUACAAUAAAAGUUUAUCGGCUUUGCGAAUGAACUCCGGACAUCAUCCAAACCUCACCACACCAAUGUUACAAUAUCAGACAUAGAGUUGCUGUGAUACUAGAUACUAGAUACAUAAUAAUAUGAUUGUAUGCUAAUUGAAUUAUUUUAAAUAAUUAUUAUAUAACGGGCUGAAUCGUUAUUGUGUUUAAAACCAUGCCACGCCACUUUUUCGUGUACCUACUAUAAACCUCAAUAGAAUAAUCGUCAAAGUCUUGAAACUUGUUUUGCUGAUUUGUGUACAAAAAAUAUCGUAGGACUUACUUCAAUCUAUUUAUAAGUUAUUUAUAACAACGGUUGUACCUAUGUAAAUAUAUAAUAUAUAUUUUUUGUUUGGUUUGUUUUUUAUCACUUCGGAAAUUCUUUAAGAUUUAUUAUUAUAGAUGUUUUUACGUUUUUUUCGAUUUUUACGAUUGAUUAAUAUUAUUGAACAUAAUCUACAAUUAUAACAUAAUUUAUAUUAAAUAGUAACCAUUGUAAACGGAAUUGUAAAUAUACACGUUUUAAUUAUGUAAUAACAAUAUGUUGGUGUGUGUACCUACCUAAUUUUCU